CUCUCUCUCUCUCUCUCCUAUAAUUCUGACUAGAGGGUUGUAAAGGAUAGUAGCUAGCUUACCCCAAUCAAUCAAAAAUAAAAAAGCUCAAAAAGCAUUGACACCAAAACCAAAAAAACAAACAACAUGGGUAGAGCUCCUUGUUGUGACAAAGCAAACGUGAAGAAAGGUCCUUGGUCUCCAGAAGAAGAUUCUAAGCUUAAAUCUUACAUAGAACAACAUGGUACUGGUGGUAAUUGGAUUGCUCUCCCACAAAAAAUUGGUUUGAAGCGUUGUGGAAAGAGUUGUCGUCUAAGGUGGCUAAAUUAUCUUCGCCCUAAUCUCAAGCAUGGUGGUUUCUCCGAGGAAGAAGAUAACAUUAUUUGUAGCCUUUACAUUAGUAUUGGAAGCAGCAGGUGGUCGAUAAUUGCAGCUCAAUUGCCAGGAAGAACAGAUAAUGACAUAAAGAACUAUUGGAACACAAGGCUUAAAAAGAAGCUUUUGGGUAAGCAUCGUAAAGAGCAACAACAACAAGCACGUAAUAGAAGUAUUAACAAUGUAAUUGUUAAGCAAGAAAAUAAUAACAAUAAUAAUAAUAAUAUUAGAGUGAGUAGUAGUGAAUUUUCUUUAUCUAAUUUGGUUCAUGAAAAUAUUACUCAACAACCAUAUUUGCCUCAUGUAAUGCAACCAUUGCUAUCCACACCCCCACUACCACCACCUUCAAUAUUGUCAUCAUACACAAACCAAGGCUUCAAUGACCAAGAUUCUAUUAGAAAACUACUUAUCAAACUUGGAGGAAGAUUUUCAAGUGAUUAUGAUCAUCCUACUACUACUACUACUUUUGAUGAUGGAUUGAAUCUUCAAUUCUCAAAUGCUAUUACUUCCUCAAAUGAACAAGUUUAUGAUCAAGAACAUGUUGGAUCUUCUACUUGUGUUAAUUCCAAUGUACAAUUUACACAAAAUAGUCAAUACUUGGAGACGGUGCAAGAACAAGGCAAAUUCAUCCCAGAAAUUGAUCAUCAUGAUAUGGUUUCUACUAAUUAUCCACAAAGAUUUGAUGGGUUGGAAUUCUUUUAUGGUGAAGAAAUGAAUAUUCAACAUAAGAUAGAAGGUUCUAGUAGUAUUAAUUGGGGUGAGGCUACUACUUCAAGUUAUCAUCAUCAUCUUGAUUCCAAAUACCAAGGUUAAGUUGUGAUUUACGAGGUAAGAGAUGCCACAAAUAGUAGUUACAUAGAGUGUAACUACUAUAGAGUUUAGAUAUUGUAUGAGGAGUAAUUAAUAACAUUGUGUACAUUAUUUUUAAUUGCUAUCAUUGUUUGUUUAAAGUUUAUUAUUAGAGACAAUAAAAUUGAAUAUAUAUGUGUCUUCUCUUA